CUUUUGUUUCAUACAUUCAGUAAUGCAGAGUGAGUGCAUGUGAGACAGGCAUCCACAGCCCUGCACAUCCAUUGGGAGCACUGGGCACACACUGCUGGACUGCAUGGGAUGCACCCAUGAUACUGCAGGGGCUCUGGACGUGCCCUUCAUGAAUGCCAGGGAGGACAAGGUGUGAUCUGCACCCAGGGGCCACAGUGAGCUGCUGCUGUCACUGCUGUGCCCACUCCGGCCACUGCUUCCUCCCCCACGUUGAGCCCUUCGCCUGCAGGGAGUGGCUGGGCUGAGAGACUGCAGGGCUGGGCUGGGACCCACAGCAUCUGAUACCCAGGCUCCAGUGGAUGAUGACAUGUCCAAGAGGUAACUAAACAUGGAAAGCAGUAUCCAUUACAUGGAGGCCUGACAUUUCCCUGUGACAGGAUUCUGACAGAAGAAGUAAAGUUACAGAGGUGUUGAAACUAUUGCUACAAAUAUGCUGAAGCCAAGUGGACUAAAAAUCCCAGGGAGGGGAGCAAAACACUCCAGCCCAGUAGGAAGAUCUUCAGCCGGAUCUGGUGUCACUGGCAGCACCAGCUCUAAAGAAGGUUCACCUUUGCACAAACAGGGUUCAACUUCUUCAAUAGUUGCUGAAAAAUCAAGUUCCAAGUACACUGAAGUGGGGGAUGAAUCCCUGGGAGACUAUGUAGUUGGUGAACGUGUGUGGGUCAAUGGAGUGAAGUCUGGAGUGGUACAGUAUCUAGGAGAAACCCAAUUUGCUCCAGGUCAGUGGGCAGGUGUUGUUUUGGAUGACCCUGUUGGAAAAAAUGAUGGCUCUGUAGGUGGAGUACGUUAUUUUGAGUGUCAACCACUCCAGGGAAUAUUUACCAGACCUUCUAAGCUGACCCGACAACCUGUGGCAGAUGGUACAGGGAGUGAUUCACAUUCAGUGGAGUCUUUGACAACUCAGAACUUAUCAUUGCAUUCUGGAACUGCUACGCCACCUCUGACCACUCGAAUUGUGCCACUGCGGGAGAGUGUGUUAAACAGCACCAUAAAGACAGGAAAUGAAUCAGGAUCAAACCUUUCGGACAGUGGGUCAGUGAAGAAGGGGGACAAGGAUCUGCGCCUUGGAGAUCGUGUUCUGGUUGGUGGCACAAAAACAGGGGUAGUUCGCUAUGUUGGAGAAACUGAUUUUGCAAAAGGAGAGUGGUGUGGAGUGGAGCUGGACGAACCCCUGGGGAAAAAUGACGGCGCUGUGGCUGGUACCAGAUAUUUCCAGUGCCCACCAAAAUUUGGCCUUUUUGCCCCAAUUCACAAGGUGAUCCGUAUUGGUUUCCCAUCUACCAGUCCUGCCAAAGCUAAGAAAAGCAAGAGAAUGGCCAUGGGAGUGUCCGCGCUAACUCACAGUCCCAGCAGCUCUUCUAUCAGUUCAGUAAGCUCAGUCGCAUCCUCUGUAGGAGGCAGACCCAGCAGGAGUGGCUUGCUUACAGAAACAUCAUCACGCUAUGCACGGAAGAUCUCCGGUACAACCGCCUUGCAGGAGGCUCUAAAGGAGAAACAGCAACAUAUCGAGCAGUUAUUGGCUGAGAGAGAUCUAGAGCGAGCAGAAGUAGCAAAAGCCACCAGUCAUAUCUGUGAAGUGGAAAAGGAGCUGACCCAUUUGAAAACCCAACAUGAGAAGUACAUUGCAGAGGCAGAGAGCAAUCUUCAGAGGACUCAUGCCAUGGUGGAAAGCACACAGAAAGAGAAAAUUGAGCUACUUAAUCAGCUUGAAGAGGAACGAAGGAAAGUUGAAGAUCUUCAGUUCAGAGUGGAAGAAGAGUCUAUCACAAAGGGGGAUCUAGAGACUCAGACGCAGUUGGAGCAUGCCCGAAUUCGGGAGCUCGAGCAGAAUCUACUGUUUGAGAAGGCAAAAACUGCAAAGCUUCUCAAAGAAUUAGAGGACAAGAGGCAGACAACGGUAGCAGAGCAGACACGGAUUCAGCAGCUGGAAGAGGAGCUUAACCUUCGACGCAAUGAGAUUGAAGACCUUCAGCACUGUUUAAUGAACUCUAGUCAGUCAGACUUACCAGAACAUAAAAUUGAGCUUCAAACUGAGGCCUUGCGUUUACGAGACAAGCUUCUGUCUGCUAGCAAAGAGCAUCAGAAGGAAAGCAGUCAGCAAAGAGAUAAGUAUGAGGAAAAGAUGAAAAGAUAUCAACAAGAAAUUGAAAAACUAAAGGCCGUAAAUGAGAAGCAUGUCCAGGAGAUUGGAGAGUUGAAGAAAAAGCUUGAGCUGGCUACAAAAGAGAAUAUUGGAAUGAUGGACAGUUGGAAGUCUAAAUUGGACAGUUUAGUUUCUGACCACCAGAGAUCUCUACAAGACUUGAAAGGUUCCCUGGUUACCAGUCCUGACUCCCAACACAAAGAAAUAGUAGAGCUUAAAGCUAGUGUAGAAAGUCAAAAAAUGGAGCAUCAACUAGAAAUUGAAAACAUGAAAGCUAAAAAUGAGAUUGAAACAGCAGUCCAUAUCAAAGAGAAGGAAACUCUGAAAACUAAACUUCAGGAGAUUAGGGAUGAACUUGAGGAAGGAAAUAACAACUGGAAAACACAGCUAGAAUCAAAAACCAAUCAACACCUCAAAGAGCUUCAGGAUAUGAAAGACAAAUAUCGAGAGGCAGAGCAGCGAUUGUGUAACUUACAGAAACUGCAAGCUGACUAUAAUGACCAGACACAAGCCAUUGCCUUCUUAAAAGAACAGAUUUCAGCUGCUGAAAAGAAAAUGCAGGAUUAUGACAUUCUCCAGAAAGCAGACACCAGAAAUAACCAAGAGAUCCAAAGACUUCAGGAGAGAAUUUUGGUCUUGGAAAACAUAUUACAGUCAAUGGAGGCACUUCACUCUUCACAAAAUCCUAAUAUGAUUGAAACGAAUGAUGUUUCAGAAGAAAAAAUUAAAAUGAAAAAGACAGUGGAAGAUCUGCAGCUCAAACUUAGUAAAAGAGAAAAAGAGGUAUCAUCCAUGUCUGUUCAUAUUGAAUCUUUGAGGGCUCAAACAAACGCACUUGAGAGCAAAUGCAAAUCAGGUGACAAGAAGAUGGAUUCAUUAGUAAAACAUAAUAAAAAGUUAGAAGUGGAACUAGAGGCUUUUUCCAGGAAGUCCCAUGAUGCAUCAGGCCAACUGGUCAUGAUCAGCCAAGAACUACUCAAGAAAGAGAGGAGUCUAAAUGAACUAAGAGCUUUACUACUCGAAGCCAAUCGGCAUUCUCCUGGACCAGAGAAAGACUUAAUUCGAGAGGUCCAUAAAGCAGACUGGAGAUCAAAAGAGCAGAGAUUGAAAGAAGAAAUCAGUGCACUUAGAGAUAAGUUACUGGUUUUGGAUAAAGAGAAAUCAGGGGCAGAUCACAGGAGAUACUCCCUAAUAGACCCAGCUUCGGAAUCAGAGCUGCUAAGGUUACAGCAACGGUUAGUCAGCACUGAAGAUGCUCUUCGAAUAGCUCUUGACCAAGGUCAACAAACAGAGAAGCUAAUGGAGGCCAUGCAAAGCAGUGCGGAAAAGUUUCAGGUGACUGGAAACUCAGGUUCUGCCAAUGGUAUCCAUCAGCAAGAGAAAGCACAUAAACAAGAGGAAAACCAUUGAUGUCCACAAGAAAGAAUACUGACUAUAUACUUCUCGUAGUGGGACUGACAUAUCAGAAAGUCUUGUGCAGUAUUCCUGUGUGAACAGUGUUGAUUUGUAUUGAUAGAUCCUCCCAGGACAAUCAUUUGAUGGUCACUGCUGUGUUCGAAAAAAGCUGUAGGCUGGAAGACCAGGAACUGUUAUAUCCUUACCCAGAAUCUUGGCAAUGACCUCUAUAGGCUGGCUGAUAGAGCUCACUGGAAACUUCCAGUUCUUGGUGAAUUGAUGUCCCCACCUCAAAGACCCUCUGCUUGCUGGGACUCAAGAUUAUAUGAACUGCUUUGGAAUUUUCAUGGCAUUUGUAAAGUUUGAGUUUGCCAAUGACCAUAACUAUCCAUUGGUUUGUCUAUGGCCAAUAAAGUAUUGAGAAGUAGAAAGGAUAAAUUUCAUAAAAACAAAAAGGUUAUACUCCCCUAUCUACUCUAGAUUGUCCUCCAGCACCCUAGCAAUGCAUUACAACAUGGGCUACAAUUCAUCAUGCAUACAGUUUAUUAGAGCUAGCCAAUGUUUAAUUAAAAAAGAGGUAUAUAUAUUUCUUUCUUAUUGUACAUAUCCUAUUUUAUUGUUAUAUUUCUGUCUAACCAUAAUCUGCAAAAUGCUCCCCUGUGUAUGUGAUUAUCAAGCCUAUUGAUAAAUAACUAGACAGAUGCGAAUAGUUAACUUGGUUCUAGUCUGAUGGAUAUGGAUUUAUGCCUAAUGAUAUGGAAUACAGUUUUAAGGUACUUUUGUGUUAAAUUAUGUCUUUUAAGUCUUAUUGAUUUUAUGUUGCAUAUAGAACUUUUGACCAAGAAUAUUUUAUGUUAGAUAAACGCCAGAGUUCAAUACAUGAAAAUGUAAGAUAUGCCUUUUUAAAUAAAUGUAAUUCCUUAUUUA